AUGAAUAAAAAAACUGUAUUUUAUUUCUUUACUGCAUUAGUUGUGCUUAUCUUCAAACCCGAUUUAAGUUAUUCAACUCCAACGAUUUUUAAAUAUAAUGUUGAUGAGUGUCUCGAUUUUUGGACACCAGAAAAAAUCAAAAAAGCUAAGCCCUUAAAACCUAGAAAUAUUGCUAAACCCUUAAAAACUAGAAAUAGCAGAUUUAGAAAAAGAAGUGGUGGCAUAACUAUAAGAAAUACAACUGACUCUUCUAAAUAUACGAAAUCUAUGCCCCCUUCGGAGAGAAAAUAUGAUAUAAUUAAUAAUACAAUUAGUGUAGCAGAUGUAGAUCAAAUUCGAAAUUUUCCCAUGGGAAUAUUAUUCAUUAGUCAUAAUGGAGACCUAUUUUCUUGUUCCGCCAGUGUAAUCAAUACUAACAUCGGAAAUAUUGGACUUACUGCAGCUCAUUGUCUUUAUGAUCCUGAAUCUCAAGCAAUUUUUAAUAAUAUAAUGUUUUCUCCUGGAUUUGACCAUGGGCAACUUGGUCCACUUAAUCUGAUUCCUGUCGCUCAGGCGGUAGUAACAGACCAAUUUCGUGCUCAUAAUGAUGAUGAAUUUGAUUGGGGCAUGAUGAGAUUUGCAUUUAAUCUUAAUGGCUAUCCAUUAGAAUAUUAUACGGGAUCUCUCGGUUGGAUAUUCAAUGUAGGUGGUAAUGUCAGAACUGUUAUUUGCGGUUAUCCAGAUGGAGGUAAUCUUCCAAAUUGUCCAAAUAAUGGAGUAACUCUUUGUACGUGGGAAGGAGCACCAAAUUUGGCAGAAGAUUAUUAUGCCAUACCUGACUUAGAAUUAGGAAAUGGUGCAAGCGGAGCUCCUUUUAUAAUGAAUUAUGAUCCAAAUACGAAUUUGGGUUGGUUAUAUAGUAACUAUGCUAAUUUUGAUGGAAUCGAAGAUGAAGCAGUUGGGCCUAUUUAUGAUCCAAUAGAAUUCCAAGCUUUAUUAGGUUUACUUGGUGGUCUUUAA